AUGAGUACGGAAAAAGAAAAGAUUAAAGCUACGGUGCAGGGGGUCGGAUCCCCAGUACCGGUCCAGGUUAGAGGUGGUGGAGCAGGCCUCACUGGACCGUCAUCCAGCAACUGCGGCUCUCCUUUGGUGGAAAACCAGGCCAAAGAGAGUAUUCUCACUACUGGCGAAGACGAAAUCUUCCGAACAGAUCUACAAACAAGCAACCGAUUUGAAGUAUUGGAAGGGAAGUAUAAUCCUUUCAGAAGAAGUGAUUCUUUAAGAAGAACACCCCCUAGGAGAACUUCGAACCUAAGUGAAAGUGGAAGUUACAACGAAACAAUUAUGCCGGAAACUUUUAGCGAGAUGGACAAUACGGAGAAGACAUUGUUACCAAACUUAGAAUAUGAUGUAACAAACUUACAAGAGGAGACACAAUCAGAUGUGGAGCAGAGAUUGAAAAGAAAAAGACAAAACGAAACACCAGAAAAACUUCGGGGAGAGUCCAAAGAGCAAACUGAAAUUCUGAGGAAGAAUAUAGAAAUGAUUUCCAAACAAGUCAAGCUUCUCAAUAAACUGAUUAAAGCCUCAUACAAACCAAAAACAGAAUUGUUAGACAUCACCAGAGCCAUGAAUAUGUGCACUAGGCAACUGGAGAAUGAAGGGGUGAUGAAAUGGCUGGAGGAAGUAGGAAGGAACACGGAAGAUGUUAAUCUACAAAAUCCAAUGCAGUGCCCACAGAAGGAGAUGGUAACGAUAGGAACACAAGUCACAGAAGACGAGUUAGAGAAAGAGCUGGAGAUUUCCGAACAGUUGAGGAUAACCAAAAUGAAGAAUAUACUCGAGGAAGAUACUGGCUUCAUUGGGGUAUCUGAAGCGAUGGAUGAAUCUUGGCCAGAAGAAAUAUUCAAGCGGGCCAAAUUGAAGGAUAUAGACGUAUCCUCACUCAACAGAGGAGGAGACAUCGUAGUAAUUGUGAACCCGCGUGACCCUAAAGUUGACAAAACGAUAGGGACACUAGAACUCAUUUUCCCUGGAGUCUCCGAAUUGAUGAAAAAUAACGACGGACAAGUAGAUUUUGUGUUGCACACGAAUAAAACAAUGAGUAAAAAUCGCGAGGAAUCUGAGGAAAUUCGAGCUUUUUACAUAGUACCGUGGGGAAAUACAUCGGGAGAGAUUAGGAGCAUAGAAGAGCUCUACACACAGGUGAAAAUACUGAAAGCUACAAUGGAGAUACAUCCAACAGACAACAUAAAUGUGAUUGUGAAUGGCGGCUUGGAGGAUGAUUACAUGAGGAAAAUCUUUGAGUAUAUCUUUCACAAGGAGGCAAUAAAUAUCACAAUACUAGCCAAACCUGCGAAGGGUGUAAAUAAGGCCCUCAGGCCAACACCAGAAAGAAUGGUCAUCAAAUGUGAAGGUAAGACUUAUGCAGACAUGCUAAGAGAUAUCAAAGGCAAAGUGGAUAUCGGCAACAUGGGAAUAAACAUCAGAACCAUCAAGAAAACUAUGAAAGGAGAUUUAAUGUUAGAAUUAGAUGGUGGGAAAGGCAACGCAAACAUUCUCAAAGAAGAAAUCAUGAAAAAGAUGACGGCGACAAAUAUAAGAGUUCACAGGCAAGAAACUCAAAUACAUAUAAAUGAUAUAGACGCAAUCACACAGGCUGAAGAGGACCAGAAGAGGAAGCCGGAAAUUUUAGGCAACAAAGAAGGAGGAAACACGGGUUUAACAACUCAGGCGAGCAAACGCAAAAGAGGAGAUAUAACCCCAGAAAAUUUGAAGCAUCUUGCAGAAGAUAAGGAGUGUUUCACAAAAGCUCUCGAUAAGUUAUUGAUGCAAGUGAAGGUGCUGGACAAAAUGGUUGGUGGAAUUUACAAAGCAAAGAAAGAGUUACUAGAGUUGAGCGGCAGGAUGACUUGCCAGGCAAACCAGUUACAAGAAUAUAGGAGGUGUCUUGAUGCCCUGAGCGACGAAGGGGUGAUAGAUCAAUUCAUUUCCAUGCAAUCUCAUACGAUUGAAAUGGUUAACAUGAGUACCCAAGUCUCGGAAGAGGAACUGGAAAAGGAGCUACAAAUUAGACACCAAGCGUGGCAAAACGAGGGGGAGUUUUAG